UAAUGGGGACACAGCAUAAUUUUAGAGUUUUAAGGAAAAGGUAGAGUUUUGCAAAGCUCAGUGAGCAGACAGACACAAGCUGAGAUGGUUUGAUCAGCCUGGUAGCAGAGAGGCAGGGGGUGGUGCUUUGGCUGCUAUUGCAGAGUUCUGAUUGUCACUCACAGUUACGAGGACUUCCUAGGAAAGAAUGGAAGGAUACACCCAGUCUGCAUUUCAGCCUAGACACCAAGCAGAAAAGAUCUCUCUGUAGCCCUUAUAUUAUUAACAUUUUUAAAAGGCCAAACGCAAUUAAAAAAAUUUUUUUUCUGGGGCACUAACCAUUUUAAGGAAGAGGUCAUAUCAUACUAGCAGAUGAGGAUGACACAAUAUGUCUCCUUUUAGCAAAUGUAGUUUUCUUUUCCCCCUUUUUUAUAUAUUACCCCCUCCACCACGUGGGAAUCUGCCAGUCUCAACUGAAAAAAGAGAAAACUCUCCAGAAUAAAAAGAACUGAUAACCUACAAAAGGAAGCAACCAUCCUCUCAGUAUGGGAUGCUGUGGGAGCACACAGAACUUCAAAAGCGACUGGAGGCCGUUGGAGGAGCACAGUUGUACUGAUAUUCCAUGGCUCCUGCUGUUCAUUCUAUUUUGUGUUGGAAUGGGGUUCAUUUGUGUUUUUUCCAUUGCCACUGGAUCUGCCUCACGUUUGGUUUUUGGCUAUGACAGCUAUGGAAACAUCUGUGGGCAAAAGAAUACCAAAAUUGAAGGGUUUAUUAACAGUGGCCUUGACCACAGCAACAACAAGUAUGUCUUUUUCUUGGAUCCAUGCAAACUCGACUUAGUAAAUCGAAAAAUCAAGUCUAUAGCACUCUGUGUUUUUGAAUGUCCUCGGGAAGAGCUACAGACCCUCAAUGACGUUAAAAAAUUUGCAGAAACAAAUGGUUCGGCUUUAUGUGAUUAUUCACUCACUCCUUCCCAGUAUACUACAGACAGCAGAGCAUCAUCAUUAUGCCCCAAGCUUCCAGUGCCAAAAAGUGCACCUAUUCCAUUCUUCCAUCGCUGUGCUCCUGUGAACAUUUCCUGCUAUGCCAAGUUUGCAGAAGCCCUGAUCACUUUUGUCAGUGACAAUAGUGUCCUACACAGGCUGAUUAGUGGAGUAAUGACCAGCAAAGAAAUUAUAAUGGGACUUUGCUUGUUAUCACUAGUGUUGUCUAUGAUUUUAAUGGCUGUAAUCCGCUACAUUUCCAGAGUACUUGUUUGGAUCAUAACAAUCUUGGUCAUAUUCGGAUCACUUGGAGGUACAGGGGUUCUCUGGUGGCUCUACGCUGAUAACAAGAAAUCUUUCAAUGAAAAUCUCCCUCCAGAUCAACUUCAGGUUUCCAAAGACAAUCUUCAGGCCUUGCUUAUUUAUGCCAUUGCUGCCACCAUUUUUACAGUCAUCUUGUUACUCAUGAUGCUGAUUAUGCGCAAGCGAGUUGCCCUCACUAUUGCCUUGUUCCAUGUGGCCGGGAAGAUUUUCAUCCAUCUCCCACUGCUUGUCUUCCAGCCCUUUUGGACCUUCUUUGCUCUCCUCUUAUUUUGGGUCUACUGGGUAAUGGUUUUGCUGUUCAUUGGAACUGCAGGUGACCCUUUCACUAAUGAGCAGGGCUUUGUGGAAUUUCGGAUCAAUGGCCCAUUGCAGUACAUGUGGUGGUACCAUCUUGUGGGGCUCAUUUGGAUCAGUGAGUUUAUUCUAGCUUGCCAACAAAUGACCAUUGCCGGAGCUGUGGUAACAUAUUAUUUCACAAGAAACAAAAAAGAUCUUCCAUUUACCCCAGUUUUGGCCUCAGUAAAUCGACUCAUUCGUUACCAUCUUGGGACAGUGGCUAAAGGGGCUUUUAUCAUCACAUUGGUGAAAAUUCCCCGAAUGAUUCUAAUGUAUAUCCAUAGCCAGCUGAAAGGGAAGGAAAAUGCCUGUGCACGAUGUAUGCUGAAGUCCUGUAUCUGCUGCCUGUGGUGCCUAGAAAAGUGCCUAGCUUAUUUAAACCAGAAUGCUUACACAGCAACAGCUAUCAACAGCACAAACUUCUGUACCUCUGCAAAAGAUGCACUAGUCAUUCUAGUAGAAAAUGCUCUAAGAGUGGCAGCUAUCAACACGGUGGGGGAUUUCAUGCUCUUCCUUGGCAAGAUACUGAUUGUGAGCAGUACAGGCCUGGCAGGCGUUAUGCUUCUGAACUAUCAACGGGACUACACCAUUUGGAUGCUUCCCCUCAUCAUUGUCUGCCUAUUUGCAUUCCUAGUUGCACAUUGUUUCCUUUCCAUCUAUGAAAUGGUUGUUGAUGUCCUCUUCCUGUGCUUUGCUAUUGACACAAAGUAUAAUGAUGGAAGCCCUGGCAAAGAAUUUUACAUGGAUAAAGUUCUCAUGGAGUUUGUGGAAAACAGUAGAAGAGCAAUGAAAGAGCCAGGGAGUGCAGCUGAGGCCAAAGAACUGAAACCAAUGGCUUCGGGGACAAGUACAGCUUGAAUCUAGCCCAGCAAUAUUGGAGCCCAAUGACAUUCCAAAAUUAACACAAGCAGCCAAAAUGAAAGCAGGGUUUAUAACUUCCUGUUUAUAUGGGUCUCUGCAAGCAGCAUUGUUUAUAUACUUUUUUUCUUUUUGGAUGUAUUAGGUGUCCAGCGAGUGGAAAGUCAAGUGAUUUAACAAAAAAAAAGACAUGAAUAUUGUUACUCCCUCCCCCCCCCAUUUUUAAGUUGGGUUUAAUGCUUUAAAACAUGGUAUUGUUUGCAUUAUCGAUGUCUCUGUAUUAUGUUUUGUUAUUAUACACUGGUAGAUGAAGCUUUUCUUGACUGUCAGUCUUUUGGGUAUAAGUUCUAGAAUGUUACAAGACGAGGGAAUGCAAAAAAGUAUGGUUGUUUUUAUAAAAUUGUUUUUACAUUUUUGUAUUCACUCCAUUUUUUAACCACACCACAGUAACAAAAUCUUUCUAAGCACUUUGUUGUAUUCCUGUAAUCACAUUCUCUUAGAAUUUGCACUAAACAUGUACACAGGCCAGCCAAUGUUAUGGAGGACUGAAACAGGUAAUUGUGAGUAAUGGCUGUUGACAGAAAUGAUAAAGGUGCCAAGUUACAAAGAACAUGCAUUUGCUCACAACUGUCCAGUAUAAAAAAAGCAUUCCACGUAUUAAUGUCAAUUAUAAGUGUGAACAGGUUUCCUCUCUACCCCUUGAUUGUUUUUUUAUUACUCAAUGGGUAACAGAGGUCUUUGUUUCCAACAAGGGAUAUUGUACAAUGCUCCUGUUCACUCGCUUUAGCCACCACACUUCAGGUUUGGUAGUAGACAAACAGUCAUGGGGCCAGGGCUUAUUUAGCAAAACCUCUGUGAGGUUAUCUCUCUUGUUAAAGUAAGAAUCAUUCUACAGCGUUGUGUCUCUCUCAUUGGCAUGGUAAAUUUCUGCCAUUCCUACCUGACCAAAAGUCUAACUAAUACACUAAAUGGUCUUCCAUUGCAGAUUUUAGGGCUUUCUAAAGGAGUAUUGAUGUCAUUCCUGAACACAUGAUGCUUUCUUAUAGGUGGCUAGCAUUAAAGAUAUUGCACAUAAAUAUUUUUGCAUUCAGCUUCAUGAAACUAAGUCUUUCUUUCAUUUGGUAGGUCUUCUGAGAACAACUUUAUAUCAUAUUACUAUGUUCUUUGAAGGUAACUUCAAUUUACUAGGAGAGUGCCAGUUUAUUAACUGUUUACACAACAUGUUUCGGGCCUACGCCCUUU